CCUUCCAGCUGCGCUCCCCGCCCUCCGGCCUGCGCGCCCGCCUGCUCCCUGGGCGCGGCGCCGCUGCGCACUGGGCUGGAGCCGGGGACCGGAGGACGGGCGGGGGCCGGCGCUGUCAGCGAGCCGCGGGGCGAGCCGAGGAUGUCGGAGGAACUGCCCUUGCACAUCAACAUCCGGGAGCCGCGAUGGGACCAGAGCACUUUCCAGGGGCGAGCCAAGCACUUCUUCAUGGUGACCGACCCCCGCAACCUCCUGCUGUCCGGGGCGACGCUGGAAGACGCCCGGAGGGUGGUUGAGAAUUACAGGUCGGGGACGGUGUCACCGGGCCUGACGGAGGACCAGCUCUGGCGGGCGAAAUACAUCUAUGACUCGGCCUUCCACCCCGACACCGGGGAGAAGAUGAUCCUGAUCGGGCGCAUGUCGGCCCAGGUGCCCAUGAACAUGACCAUCACCGGCUGCAUGCUCACCUUCUACAGGACGACCCCCGCGGUGUUAUUCUGGCAGUGGGUGAACCAGUCGUUCAACGCGAUCGUGAACUACACUAACCGGAGCGGAGACGCCCCCAUCACGGUCGGCCAGCUGGGGACGGCCUACGUCAGCGCCACCACCGGGGCGGUCGUGACGGCGCUGGGACUCAAAUCUCUCACCAAGCAUUUACCGUCGAUUAUUGGCCGCUACGUGCCUUUUGCUGCCGUGGCAGCUGCUAACUGCAUCAACAUUCCUUUAAUGCGGCAGAGGGAGCUGAAGUUUGGAAUCCCCGUCACGGAUGAGGACGGGAACCGGCUGGGGGAGUCGAGGGCAGCGGCCCAGCAAGCCAUCACUCAGGUGGUGGUGUCCCGGAUUGGCAUGGCCGCCCCCGCCAUGGCCAUCCCUCCCGUGAUCAUGAACGCCCUGGAGAAGAGAGCCUUCCUGAAGCGAUACCCCUGGCUGAACGCUCCUUUGCAGGUCGGACUGGUGGGGUUCUGCUUGGUGUUCGCGACCCCGCUGUGCUGCGCGCUCUUCCCACAGAAAAGCUCGAUGCGAGUGAGUCGCCUGGAGCCUGAAGUCCAAGCUCUGGUCCGGGAGAAGAACCCCCACAUGGAGAUUGUCUACUUCAACAAAGGGCUUUAAGCGAGGCUCUCCUCCCCCACCCCGGCUGCCGGGAGAAGAAAUCAGGGAACGGAUCGGAACCCAGGUGUCUGGGGAGAAUGUUAAAUGUUGUACUAGACUAACGCCUUUGAGCUGCUGCAUUUUCUGGCUGUCAUGUCUGUCGGUCCUGUGUGUCCGGUGUAGGUUCCUUGCACUCAGAUGACCCAUAGCGAUAGGUAGUGAUAUAUGCUGCUGUGAUGUAGAUUGUUUUUCCUGAACAAAACAGAAACAGGCAGAGCUGAUCCUCUCCGGUGGCAGGUCGAGAGCGGCCAGGACCCCUAAGUAACCCUCCCUCCACUCCACCCUCCUGCUGUGCGUGGUCCCAGAGUGGCUCACAUGUCCAUCUUCGCUGGUCUGGAGAGUAAUGCUCUUGAGACGCUUCCAUGGGACGCGUCAUCGCAGAGAAGAGGCUGGAGUGGGUGAUGCUCAUAGGGCGAGCAGCCGUCCAGGGCUAAAAAACGAGUUGUCCUCCAGCUUUGUUGUUCUCUGGUGGGAUUUCAAAACUGAUGUGAAGCCAGUGCCGUCAGAAAGGCCAGUAGGACGGACCAGAGUCACAGUGGGGGAUGGCUCUGGUGCAGUGGCUAGGCGUGAAUUUUACAGCACGUUGAAAGAUCAUUCUAAAUGUUCUCGCCGUGUCUGCGGAUGGUUUCCUGACUUAGCAGCAAGGACAGGAGCUCACCUGACUUUCCUAAGGGAGGGCAGUAGCCGAGGAGGAAGACAUCUGGUCAUCUUCCAGUACGGCAGGUCUGGAGCGGCUUGGCAUGUUGAAGAGUAGGCCAAUCCCAGGUGGGUGAGCAGGUGGCUUCUCAGCGGGUUGGUUCACCAGAAUGAGGUCUGGGGCAGCCGUAUGCAGCGUGAGUUGGCUGUUUCCUUUCGCCAUAUUGGCGGAUCUCUCUCGGGUCAGGACAUCCUCCGUGCUCUUGGUCCUUUUAGCGUUGGCCUGGCUUUGUUCAUCACAGGCUGAAAGACUUAGCUUCUCUGUGGGGUGGGAGGUAGUCACACAGCCCGCCUCUCCGUGCCAGGCUCGUAGAGUGCAGUGUUUAUAGACACUUGAUUGUGAUGAGGUGGACUGACUGCUGGGGAAAGCUGCCGUCUCGGAUACAGCAGAGUCGCUCAGAAGAAGAUUGCGGGGGGGGAGGGAGAAACUACUAUACAAGGGAGCUUGCGGCAGAGAUGGACCCCAGAGAGUUUUGGGGUGUCCCGAUCUGGGGUUUCUCUGCCUACCGGAGGAGAAUUAGCUGCAAUGCGUGAAUGUGGGGAAAGCCCGCUCCCAGAUCUGUAAGUCAGCUUUGCACUCGGGCCCGUCGCUGCUGUUGGGACCCGGUGUUCGGAGCCAGCUUUCACUCGUGUGUGUGUGUGUGUGUUUUUGCACGCUCAAUGCCUGUGCAUGUCCGGGCUCAUUCCCAACCAUCGUCUCUGCAGGGACCAGUUCUGAGACCUUGCACAUGCAGCAUGAUGGAAUUUCCAUGGGGGAGAGUUAAACUGCCCGCGAGGAAAUUCCCCUGCCUGUCUGCACAGAUCUAUCCCUCUGCCCUUUGCAUCGUCCCUUUUAAACGCGCUCCGGGAGGCGUGAGGGACAGUCAGGGCCCCCCCCAUUUUAUUGUGAAUAUUGACCCAAUACACCUACGGUGCAGGGGAAAAUGCAUCGCAGUCAUUUUAGGAUGCGAAAGACAAUCUCCGGGCGCAAGAGCUCACUGCUAAAUAAAGCCCCUCUUCUAGUAUCCGAAGGAACAGGGAUACGGAGACUCCUCCGCUAAUCACAGCUCUGUUGCAACCUGCACCAGCUAGCUUAAAAUAGUCCUCGGCAAGGGCUGAUCCUGCCCCGUUGAAAGCUGCAGGAGUUGUACUGUUGGCUUCAAUGGGUGCAGGAGCGGGGGUCUGGAUGCAUCUUUUUAAAAAUAGCAUCAUCAAGGAAGCUAACGUAGGUCUGAUGGCUUGGAAAUGCCAGGGAAUGUCACAGCUAAGCACGUGGGGCCCAAGGCUACUCCAGGUCAGCAAUUUAAUCCGGUUUUCCGCUGCUUUCAUCUCCAGAGCAAAUUACACAUUCUAAUCUCCGGAAAACAGCCCGGGGUGGGUUUUUUUUUUUAAUGUCGCCUUUGUUCCAGGCUCAAGUCGCAUCCUGGGGCUGCUAGACGCCCUUUGAACAUGUUUACUUCUACGGGGCUCCUGUCUGCUUGCUGUAAGAUCACCUUGCUGUUUGCUAGACCAGCCUCCCUUGGAACAUGUGACGUUUAAAGGGAUCUGGUCACACUGCUUUAAGGUCACUGUGCUUUGUGGCAUGGGUGGGUGGGUAGCUAUGUACCGAUAGAAACUGGAUGUUUUACAACAUCUAAACCAGACAGAAAUGUUUCUGUGACAUUUCAGAAUUUCAGUGAAAACAGGUUUAGUCCUGGCUGGGUAUAAACCUUCCCCUGCUAUGCUGAGGACGGGCCCUCUGCUACUGCCAGAAACCGAACCGGAAACUGACCUGCCAGGUUUGCGGGGCCCAGCUGAGUGAGGUGCACAGAGCAAACAGCCCGGCCCUGGAGGAGAAAGGGAAUCGGAUAUUUCAAAGUAGAACUAGCUAGAAUGAGUAAGAGCGGCCAGGACAAGCCUUUGCCUGUGUCCUGGAGGGAGAACCAGCCCCAUCCUAUGAGAGACAUAGCGAGAGGAGAUCUGCUGUGUUCAUGUCUAGCCCCUUCCCUGCAGAAGAUGGCUUGUUGCUCCUCCCAGAUGCCUGCGGUGCCUCUAGUUCCCAAAGGGAAAACGGGACACUGUGCAGGGUUGGCCUGAGGCCCCCACCCCCCCCACGGCUGGCCCGAGUCGCUUGCCCGAUCCCUGCCUGCCCCCUGCACGGGGCUGGCAUCGCAGGCCACCCCCCCCUCGCAUGUUCCUCUGCGCCUCGUUUUUUUUGACACAAGUGGGCGUUUGGCCUGUUUGCUCUUGCCAGCUGAUCAAGUCCUCCCCUAGAAUGGCCCUGACAGAAUCAGGUUCAGCGCUUGUCUGUAAUUUGCCCAGAUUGCACUGGCUGGGAGGGCAGUGAUAAGGACCGUCAAUCCUCAUGCUUCAGGGCACAGAGUGAUCAGCAGCCGGAGUCAGGCAGCAAUCCUCCCCCCACACUCAUAACAGUGCAUUGUGGGUGUUUUACACUUCCCUCUGAAGUGUUUGGUACAGCAGUGGGCAUUGCAUGGGGCUAGCUAGGACAUCAGAUUCCAGAGGACUUAGAUAGGGACGGGCUGACUUUAAUAGUCAUGUCCGCUGGGGGGACAACCCUUUUCAGUGGUUUUAAAAGCCCUUAAGUGUUGGUUUUGAGGGAGGCUGGAGGCAGCUUAGUUGAGUGGUUUGAGCAGGGCCCUGGGAGUCAGGACUCCUGGGGCCCCUUCUUGGUUUGGUCAUCGAUUUGCUGUGUGCCUGUGGGAAAACCAUUUCACCUGGCCACACCUCAGUUUUCCCGGGUGAGGGGAAUGGGGGCGCAAAGGUCAUCUGGUCUAACCCCCUGCCGAGCUGCAGGAGUUGUUGGGUCUAAACCAUCCAAGACAGACGGCUUUUGUAAACCUCCGGCCUGUGGCCCCGAUCACUUCAGCCCCACCUCAGAGUCACUCGGCUUGAGCACUGGGGGCACAACAAUGGAAACUGGGUGUAAACGAAAGAAAAUAUGAGAAACUCCAAGUUUUGACAGGGACGAGGAAACAAGGAAAAUCACGUUACUCUCGUCCGUAAAAGUAGCUGGGUGUCGUUUCUCCUCUGCAUUGGAUUCAUUUCCAGCAGGGUCUGGCCCAGAAAUCAAAUCUUUGGAAGGGCAGGACGUUUAAAAUAAAAUAAAAUAAAAAAAAAAGCACCCUGGAAGCUCCCAGCAGGAGUGUUAUGCAAUGCAACGUUUAUGUGUAGGUCCUACAAAAAGUGGGUUGAUGCUUUCUGGUGACACAAAGGGGCCCUGUGCUGGCAGCAUGUGGGAAUAGGUGCUACAGGAUGGAUGGACUUCCAAUGGGAGCGAGUUUGGCAAAUUCCCUCCAGUUACGUGCUGUUUGUAACCUCCCUUGCCUGAGUCUUUGUCCCCGGAACCCAGGUCUGCUCAGAAAGGGCGCGGGCACGUCUCUGAGGACAGGGGUUCGAUAAGGAGACGCCGGCUUUGGUGGGCAGCGUGACUGAAACGAACGCUGUCGCUUUUGUAAUGAUCUUGGUACCGUCUGCAGCGCGUGGCGCGGCGGGGCCUGGGAGAGCACCAGGAGCAGAGGAACUGCGGGAGUGUUCCAUAAAGAGUUUUGGAUCUUGCCUUUUGGGGAAAGAUUUGGGGGCAGGGGGAUGCUGCAGGAUGGUGGGUUUGUCCCAACUCCAGGAUGUUCUGGUGCUCUCCCAUGGGGGCCCGGCCUCCUGCCGAUCGAACGCACCUGCUUGAGAGCAGAAAGCUUUAACAAUCCUUGUGCAAUACGGCCAGGGCUCUCAGUGUCUGUUGGCGUCACCCCUUCCCCAGGGGCAGGGGGCGAGUCACAGCGCAGGGGCACGGCCGAUCCCUUCCUGCCGCAGGUCUGUUGGUGGAAGGCCUGGCACUGCGUGUGCUGCUCGCUCGGCUGGUGUCUGUACCCUGAACUCAGACCCCUCUCGGCGGGGCACUGAGCCCCUGGCCGACCUCCAUUGUCGCUUUAAACAGGGCAGUUGUUCCAAAAUAAAGGUGAUAUUUUCUGUCUCUUGCA